GAGUGCGUUUCUGUCAGAGAGAGGAGCGCAGGCGACACUGAGCGGAACAGGAUGCAGGCCAUCAAAUGUGUGGUCGUGGGAGAUGGAGCUGUGGGUAAAACAUGUCUCCUCAUCAGCUACACAACCAAUGCCUUCCCCGGGGAGUACAUUCCUACUGUAUUUGACAACUACUCAGCUAAUGUGAUGGUGGACAGCAAGCCGGUGAACCUGGGCCUCUGGGAUACAGCAGGACAGGAGGAUUACGACAGGCUUCGCCCACUGUCCUACCCACAGACGGAUGUGUUCCUGAUCUGUUUUUCCCUGGUGAGCCCGGCCUCCUAUGAGAACGUCAGAGCUAAG